CGCGCCGCCCCACGCGCCCGCGGCCCUGGAAGGAUCCUGGAGAAGUGGCUGGAGGUUUCCGGUGACUCCUGUGACGAUGGAACAGCAAAAAGACGAGGCCAGUUCCGAAGGGAACAGCGCGAACCUGCCGUCCCCCGGGACCGAGGCCUGGCCCCCUUUGCCCUUCCCAGCCCUGCCCCCCUCGUUCCUGGGCACCCCAAACCCAGCCCACCUGGGGCUCCCCGAGCACCUGGCCUCGCUUACUGUCCCCAUCCGCCUGGACGCCCUGUCCUACCUCCUGCACAGCGCCCUGCUCGGGGCCUACCACCUCCAGCAGACCUUGCCCAGCUGCCCCUUCCUCGGGCGCCGGUCUGCCCGGGGCUGGGGCCCACAGAGGUGGGGUGCUGGGAGAGCUGAGUACGAGCGGAGCCGAGCAGAGGGCCCUGGGGCUGGUUUCCAGGCCCAUGCGAGAAGGCUGCCGUCACCACCCACGCUGCCGGCCCAGAGUGGGAAAAAGGAAGCCGGAGGCCCGGAGCCACCCUGGGACGCCCCUGCGCCCGAGGACUGGGACACCGAGUACUAGGACCCCGAGAGCUGCCAGCAGCCACCACAGCAGGGAUUCUGCUCGGCCCCCGGACCUCCUCGGACCCUGAGCCAGAAGAAGCCUGACCCUCC